UUUGCUGUUUUGUAUUUGAACAUUGUCUUUCUAUAAGGUAUUAUGGUGAAAAUUUGGACUAUUUCUUCGGUUUUAGUCGCUCUUGAUCGGCAUUUCUGAUGUAUCACUUAGCAAAGGGUUGACUGAGGAUGCAAUCUAGCGUAUUUUUGCUGUUAUGUUUCAUAAAUUCAGCGAGCUUUACUUCAGCGUCUUCGCCAAGGUUGAUUUUCGCCAAUCGACGAGACAUUCGCAUUCUGCGACCCACGAAAGAUGGAAAAGGGAAUGAGACUGUUAUCGUUAGAGGACUAGAGGAUGCUAUUGCAUUGGACUUUGACUACAAACAAAAGAUCGUGUUCUGGACUGAUGUUAGCGAAGAGAAAAUCAAAAGCACUGUGYUAGGCAGUGGAAAUAUCAGCAAUGUUGUAUCAGUGGGCUUGAGACGUCCAGAAGGUCUUGCGGUYGAUUGGACUAGUCAAAAAAUAUACUGGACAGACUCAGGAAUCGAAACAAAUAGAAUCGAAGUCGCAAAUUAUGAUGGAAAACAUAGAAAAGUUUUAUUUUGGCAAAAUUUGGAUCAGCCAAGAGCAAUUGCUGUGGAUCCACGUUCAGGGUAAGUUGAAGUAUUGCGUGCAUUUACAUUUCGUCUGAUUGCUUCGAUUUGAGUGUACGUGAAAUCAACAAAUGGGAUUCGAUUUCGGGGAUUCCUAUUGAUCAUUGCUUCGAGAAGGUUUCUUMACUUGAAAUUGACAUAACGCGUUCGAUUCCGUGCGUUUGGCAAACCUAAUUAUCAAGUUGUUGUUCAGAAAUGCUCACAGUUCAAACUGUGUUCAACUCGGGUUUAUUGUUCUAAACGCGUACGUGCUAGCAUGAUGUUAAAUUUCCCUUAAAAAGCGUUUUUUACUGUAGGUAAAUGAACAGAAUGYUGUUAUUUGCUUUGAAAUUUUAAUACAGAAUGUUGAAGUGAAUGUUAUUAAUCCCUGGCUUUCAACCUGGUGUGAACUUGCAAUCAACACAUCUCUUACACUAGUUUAAUGAUGAGCUGAGUCCUGAUUUCAGUGUGUGAAUUAUACAAAUAACAAUGAGGGUCUCAAAGGCGUAUUACCGUGAACCCAAACCAUCUGCUCAUAUCUCAACUCUCGAUCCACCAAACAUCUACCUUCAUCYAAUAAGAAUACCCUCAAAAASCAACAUUUCACKUCUCGAAUACAAUGUUUAGUAUCAAUGAAAACGUGCUUUUUGCUCUUUUUCUUCUUCUACUUUGAAAAAAACCUGACAAGUCAUAAAACCAUUAGCAAAGUUUUAAUAAUGUGUUAUUUUGAUUUGAAGACCAAUAGGUUUUUGUCAUGGUAAAUAAUUGAAACAAUAGCACUUACUUAAGGUUUGGUUGUGGACCAAAUCUAUUGAAUGGAGGGUUAAUUAGGUCCUCCCUCCACUGAACACUGUAUUGUAUUUACUACCUACUCAAAGCACAACUGUUUGCAAGAGAUUUUGCUAAAAUYUAACUUAAUGUCAGUUGAUGUUUUAGGUUUUCUUCAUAUUUACAAUAUUUCAAACAUAACUUUUUUGGAAGGUUAACUGUUUGUCUUUUCAGCUAUGUUUUACUCUUACUGUUUAUAGCAGGUCUAGCUCCUCAAAGUAACUUCUUUUUAAGUAACUUCAGUUUACGUUUAACAUUUUCUUCAUUAUUUAAGUCAUUUCAAACAGAACUUUUAAAAAAAGUCAAACUGUUCUUCUUUUCAGCUGCUUUUCACGCAAUACCAUAUAGUGCUUUUUAUAGCAGGUUUAGCUCCUUGAAUUCCUUUACUAACUGUCAGUUU